GUUUCCACCUCCUCCCAGCCUCACGCCCCCAGCACUGGCAGGGUUUUUUGUCUUUUUUUUUUUUUCUAAGCCUCGAACGCCGUCGUUGUAGUUUAACUUGAAGCCUUCAGCAGUUUGGGGAGUGUUAAACCUUCCAACAAUGGGGGACAUCGAGGCGCCCGACUCCAGCCAGCCGCGCCAAUCCGUCCUGAUGUCGGUUCUUCCAAGCAAAGAGUUUGCUACUUCAAGGAAAGGAAUGCUGCUGAUUGCUGAAGGGGCGCUUUCCUUCAUAUCCUUUGUGUGUUUCGCUGCAUCAGCAGCAGCAGCCUUUGUGACAGUCCCCCUGCUGGCAUUCCUGGCUUCUAUCUUCUUCUUGUUUGCCUACUCUACCAAAUUCAACGAGAGGUUUAAGGGCUUCUGCUUUCCUCUGAUGGACUUCAUUAGGUGUGUGACAGCCUCCAUUAUCUUUUUCAUCAUCUCCAUAAUGGCGGUGUCCAAAUAUCCAGAUGGUUCCUCUAAAGCUGCAGGAGUCUUUGGGUUUAUCGCCACUGUUGUUUUCGCUUUAGACUUUUAUGUCAUUUUCAAUGAGCUUGCUGGAUUUCUAAAGCAAGGAGGGGAGACAAACGAGGAGCCUGCAGGACAGAGAGAUGACUUUUCAGAUUCAGACUCAGAUUGAAGCUCAUAACCAGAUGUGUUCAAUACAAGAAAGUGACCACUGCGCUGAGAAGCCACUAUGAAGGUCUGCAGGAAUUUCAUCAUUUCACAAUGUUUCAUUGGUAUAUAAAAAGCAUAAAUCCUGAUGGGAUUGUAGGAGCUGGUUACUAGUAACAUGCUUUUAUCUGAAGCAUGUUACUGCUUCAAAUAAAAGCAGUAACACAUAAAAAUAAAAACAUUUCUUUGUAGCACACUUCUCACAGUGCUGUAAACUGGUGUUGCAUUUCUACACUUACUAACUCUGCAUUUAGUUUAGAAAAUAAUGCAAGUAGUGCCCUGUUCUGUUUUAUCCCCAAACCUGUACUUUGCUACUAAUCCAUUCUUGCUUCAGGGAAGCAUUCAAUUCAUUCACACCAUCCAAUGCCUUAUAAAGCUGUAAAAUGGUGCUGUGUUGAGUUUCUGAAACUAUUUCUACGGUUAAAACGCAAGAAGGAUGCACCACAAACAUUGAUUUUUGGGAAAUUUUUUGCUUUGAGAUGCAGAAGUGUGUGAAAGGUCUGAGCCAAUCCUGAUUUUUGAUUUAUGUUUUGCUUUGUGCAGUGGAGACUUUGUAGGAACCUGGUUAAUACUUUUGCAGUAAAAUCUUAUAGAGAAAGACUGGGG